UCUCUCUGACUCUCUCCGUCUCUCUCUCUCCGGUGGCCGGAAUAUUCUUCCUCCGUGCUCCGAUCCUUAGGUUUAUGCAUACAUAUUUCAAAAUUCGGUUCCUUAACGCUCGUUUUACAUAAAUAAGCUUCGAUCUUUGCACUGAUCUGUGCAGUUUUUGAUUGAAUUUACUAAAAAAUUGUUGUGAUUUAAAGAUCUGAAGCGUGAAUUUGAGGAAUUAUUUCUGUAAUCUGAAAUUUGUGUGUUGAAUUCACGUGAUAAACGGAGAUGUCGGCGUCUUCUACGUAUUGGUGUUACAGAUGCGAUAGGUUUGUGCGAGUGUGGGACCAGGAGGAUUCCGUGGCUUGCCCGGAUUGUUUCAGUGGGUUUAUCGAGGAAAUCGAUACUCCGACCCGAUCCUUGCUCUCGGAGUCCCGCCGGAGCCGUUUCGCGGCGUCGGCUGCGUUCGUGAUGCAGAGCUCGGAUCAGAACGCGCCGCCCUCUAGUCCAGGCGUGAGGAGGAGCCGGAGGAACGGCGGCGGCGACCGCUCGCCGUUUAAUCCGGUUAUUGUGCUCCGCGGCGGCGCCGCCGAAGGCGGCGGCGACGGUAGUGGAACGGGAUUUGAGUUGUACUAUGACGACGGUGCCGGGUCGGGUUUGAGGCCAUUACCCGCGAGUAUUUCGGAGUUUUUACUCGGGUCGGGUUUCGACAGGCUUUUAGAUCAGUUGACCCAGAUUGAAGCAAACGGGUUGGGGAGAAUGGAGGAUCCGCCGGCUUCCAAAGCGGCGAUCGAGUCAAUGCCGACCAUCGAGAUCCUAAAUUCCCACAUCGAAACCGAACCCCAUUGCGCCGUUUGUAAAGAGCCCUUCGAGCUCGGGAACGAGGCCCGAGAAAUGCCCUGCAACCAUUUAUACCACUCCGAUUGCAUUCUCCCAUGGCUAUCUUUACGCAACUCCUGCCCCGUUUGCCGCCACCAACUCCCCACCGACGCCCCAAACUCCACCAACAGCCCUUCUUCAAACGAACAACAACAACCCUCCGAUGACGACACCGUGGGACUAACAAUCUGGAGAUUACCCGGCGGCGGGUUCGCCGUGGGGCGGUUUUCCGGUGGGAGAAGAGAGCUUCCGGUUGUGUACACUGAAAUGGAUGGUGGGUUUAACAACAAUGGAGUUCCAAGGAGGAUUUCUCGGGGGACUAGAGGGAAUAUAUCCCGGCGAAAUGGUGGGGUUAGAAGAGCAUUGCUUAAUGUGUUUUCAUGCUUAGGUGGUGCUGUUUCUUCAAGCUCUAGUUCUAGGAUUAUUAGCAGCAGAAGCAGAAGUAGUUUACUGUCAUCUGUCUUCCAUGGAAGGGGCCGGAGCUCGAGUUUAUGAGCUAAUUGAGCUCAAUGAUGGACCUAAUAGGGAGAUUGCAAUGUAAAUAACUCUGGGUAUGUAAUGAUAUCUCAAUGCUGCAUUCAAUGGAAUGGAUACUGGUAAAACCAUGGCAAAGAAAGAAGCUUUAGCUUUAGCUUUAGAAGUGAAGAAACUCAAGAAUGCAGUUGAGAAGGAAGAACCCAGGGUUAACAAUGGCUUCUGGAAUCAAGAAGGUACACAGCUCAUGUACCACAGUGGCUUUGAUUCUUUGAAAUCUAAGAGUUCCUGCUGUUUUAUUUUUAUUUUUACAUUAUUAUACCUAGAUUUUGUUUGGUUCUUUUCCUUGGAUUUAAGGGCAUAGAAACCUUUAAAUUGUAUUCAGCUUAUGGAGUUUACAUGAAAUUGGAUUUUGGGGUUUGAUGGUGGAUGAAUUAUUAUAUUCAUGUAUAAAUGAGUAAAUGACAUCCCACAUUAGAAGGUCAUCCUGCUUAUAAAUGGUGGACCUUGUGACUUGAAACAUUCUCUUUUAUCAUGUUGUCAGAGGAGGAUCUUGACAAUUUCAAUUAAUCCUUGCAAUAAGAUUUCAGUUCUUAAUCA